UCACACGCCGGUUUAAGAUUCUGUUUCUUUUUUUUUUUUCUCUGUGAUAAGAGUGAGACUUCUGUUUUGUCUUUCGAGCCAUUCCCAUGUGCCUUGUCUCCGACAACUUUCUCUCUUCCCUUCUCUCUUCCUCUGGUUCACAUGGAACUUCAAUAACAUUCACUACUUUAAGGUUUCUCAUCUCCGAAAAAGUCAGGUGGGUACUACUAAAUUUGGAUUUUCGUUCACUUAGAACAGUUCUGUUUGAUCUUUGAUUCCUCAAGUUAUAACUUUUGUUUUUCUUUUAUAUCUUAUGACAUGAUAAUAUUAGGUCUUAAAUCAUCCUCUUCUUUUGAUCCUGUUGGAAAAUUCUUUGAUUUGGUGGUUAUGUUGCUUAGAUAACCUAAAAAGUUAUUGUGCAGAUCAUUGAAGUGACUAGAAAUGUACAAGCAGCCUAGACAAGAGCUUGAGGCUUAUUAUUUUGAGCCUAACUCUGUUGAGAAGCUUAGGUACUUACCGGUUAACAACUCUCGUAAACGGUUUUGUACGCUCGAGCCAUUUCCUGACUCUCCUCCUUAUAAUGCUCUAUCUACUGCUACAUAUGAUGAUACAUGUGGCUCUUGUGUAACGGAUGAGUUGAAUGACUUCAAACACAAGAUUAGGGAAAUCGAAACGGUGAUGAUGGGGCCGGACUCGUUGGACUUACUUGUCGAUUGCACGGACUCAUUUGAUUCCACGGCGAGUCAAGAGAUUAAUGGUUGGAGAUCAACUCUAGAGGCUAUCUCGAGGCGGGAUUUAAGAGCUGAUCUUGUUUCAUGUGCCAAAGCUAUGUCGGAAAAUGAUCUUAUGAUGGCUCAUUCAAUGAUGGAGAAGUUGCGGCAGAUGGUUUCGGUUUCUGGUGAGCCUAUUCAACGGUUGGGAGCUUACUUAUUGGAAGGUCUAGUGGCGCAGCUAGCUUCGUCGGGCAGUUCUAUAUACAAAGCACUUAAUAGGUGUCCUGAACCGGCUAGCACAGAGCUUCUCUCUUACAUGCACAUUCUCUAUGAGGUUUGUCCUUACUUCAAGUUUGGAUACAUGUCAGCAAAUGGUGCUAUUGCUGAGGCAAUGAAGGAAGAAAACAGAGUUCACAUUAUUGAUUUCCAAAUCGGUCAAGGGAGUCAAUGGGUCACUCUUAUCCAGGCUUUUGCAGCUAGGCCUGGUGGGCCUCCGCGGAUUCGGAUAACGGGUAUCGAUGAUAUGACUUCAGCGUAUGCUCGUGGAGGUGGCCUAAGCAUUGUUGGAAAUAGACUCGCUAAGCUUGCUAAGCAGUUCAACGUUCCAUUCGAGUUUAACUCGGUAUCGGUGUCAGUUUCCGAGGUUAAACCUAAAAACCUCGGGGUUCGACCUGGGGAAGCUCUAGCCGUAAACUUUGCCUUUGUGCUUCAUCAUAUGCCAGACGAAAGCGUGAGCACCGAGAAUCACCGCGACCGGUUAUUGAGAAUGGUGAAGAGCUUAUCUCCCAAGGUGGUGACUCUUGUGGAACAAGAGUCAAACACAAACACAGCCGCUUUCUUCCCGAGGUUCAUGGAGACAAUGAACUACUAUGCCGCGAUGUUUGAGUCAAUUGAUGUGACUCUACCAAGAGAUCACAAACAGAGGAUUAAUGUGGAGCAACAUUGUCUAGCAAGAGAUGUCGUGAACAUCAUCGCAUGUGAAGGAGCUGAUCGGGUGGAGCGACACGAGCUCCUAGGAAAAUGGAGGUCACGGUUUGGGAUGGCGGGUUUCACUCCUUACCCGUUGAGUCCCUUGGUGAAUUCAACCAUUAAAAGUCUGCUUAGGAACUACUCAGACAAGUACAGGCUAGAAGAAAGAGAUGGAGCUUUGUAUCUUGGUUGGAUGCAUCGAGAUUUGGUUGCCUCGUGUGCUUGGAAAUGAGACAGUGACAUUUCUCUAGUGUGAUGGCAAUUAAUGUGUUUCUACUUGUAUGCAAUUUAGUCGCUCAUUUGAAUCUUCAAAACAUUUGAAGAAUCUUAUGUUUACUACUAGAGACCAAGAGUGUGCACAAUUGCUCAAAUGUCAAAGUCAACUCUUUCCUCAAUCAAAAUUUAAGUAUGUAGUUCACACGAAUGGAUCUUUGUAAUAAUGUAAUAUAUGAAAUCAAUCUAGUUUCAAUAAAA